GUGGACGUAAGCGAAGAACAGACAUUUUUGAAAAGGGGUGGCAGGUGUGCGGGUGGCGCUAACUAAUGUAAAAACUUUAUAGCAACAGACAACAAACAACAACAAAAUUUAACCUAAUUAAUUGCGUAUCUUCCAUUGGAGACAAUUUUACAACAAAAUUACAGCAAAAUGACUUGUGCAACGUCCACAAUAAAAUUUUUAGCCUUCCUAAUGAAUAUAUUCUGCUGUAUAGCGGGUGCUCUUAUGCUAUCAGCAAGCGCUUAUACCUUAGUGCAGUUCAAUGCCACCGACUCAAUUAAGAUACCUUGCAUAAUGGGCGUGGUGUUGGGCGGUUUGCUUUUCGGCACCACAAUAGUCGGUUGUUGCGGCACAAUACGCGAAUCGCCACGCACUAUUUUGAUUUAUGUCAUAUUUUUACUGCUUCUGCUGGGCGCUCAAAUUGCUGUUAUUUUUGUACUGCCGAUAGAUUUCAACAAAUUGGCCAAAGAGACUAUACAGAAUGCUUGGAAUCGCCAGUUGAGUGAGAGCAGCAUGGAUCACUACCAAAUUAGGUACGACUGCUGUGGUAAAAAUGGACCCAACGAUUACAUCGACAGUGGCCUAAGUAUACCAACAAGCUGUUAUCUCAAUCGCAAACCCUCCAUUCCAAAUGAUCUCUACACUUCGGGCUGUGUUGAGAUGUUAACAAAAGCCUUCGUAAGUGCUGCACGCAUCGAAGUGAUCAGCGAUUGGACAUUGGUGGGCGUUGAGGGUGUCACCAUUAUUGUCGCUUGCAUUUUGGGCAUCACCUUCAAGAAUAUGGAGAGAAGGCGAUACUAUUAGUACAAAUGCGACUUUUUACAAAAUAGCAGUUUACAGUAUUUCAAAUAGACAAUUUUAAACGUACAUACAAAUAUUAAUGUUGUUAUUUUGUUGUAAGCAUUUGAAAGAAUAAAAACUACAAUUAAAGAUUAA